CCCCCGUCGCUCUUUUGCUCUGCUCAGUCGGUAGACUUCAAGCUCAAACAACUUACCCCUACGCACCCACACCUCCAAAAUACCCCUCACGAUGUUCCCAUACGCUACCCUUGUUGCCCUCAUUGCAGGUGCUGCCUUUGUGCACGCCGAUCCCACCCCUUCCGCCCCCGGGCCGGGUGACGUCUUCAGGGAAGGCGGUCAGUGCACCUUUGCCUGGGAUGUGGACACCACCGGCACCUGGAAAGAGAUGAAUGUCGAGCUUAUGACCGGUGACAACUGGAACAUGGUCCAUCUCACCACCGUAGCGACCCUUGACGGUACCGAUGCUACCACGACCACUUUUAGCUAUGACUGCCCUCAGGUCACCCCGAACGCCGCCAUUUACUUCUACCAGUUCACGGCCAAUGGUGCCGCUAACCGCACCUGGACCACUCGGUUCGCCAUCGGCAACACCGACGGAAACGUCGUCGCUGCGCCCAACACUACGCAGCCCGACGGUCAGGCCAUCCCCUGGGGUGUCGGCGCGCUCGUCGACCCCUCUACGGCCGUCGCGGCCCCCUCAUACCUCACCAGUGGUGCCUCGACCGCGGCUGCCAGCGCGACUGGCGCACUCGCCGCGACCUCCAGCGCCGCUGCGGCCUCUACUGCGGCUGGCACCGCGUCCUUGACCACCUCCAAGGUGUCCUCCACCGCCUCCGCCGCGAAGAGCAGCGGCACGCCGUCGACUGCCGGCGCGACCGUCAACGGCACCUCGACCAACUCCACCGGCACCAACGCGGCCGUUAGCGCGCUCGCGGUCGACGGCCAGUUCUUCCGCGCUGCCGUCGCGCUCGGUGCUGCCGCGUUCACGUUCGCGGCCGUGCUCUGAACGCGCGUCGCGGGUCCACGGACAUCACGGGUUGUAACGUUGACUCCCGGCCAUGCGGCUUGCCGGCUUUAUGCUGCUGGAUAUGGAUGCUGCGCGACGGCGAUAGCGUACGCAAGGACACUGUCUCGCACCUCCGUUCGUCGGUCGCUGGACGUUUUCGUUUCGCGGGCCAUUGCUUGUAUUCUCACUGGGCAUCUACGCAUCUAUUCAAUAUAUCCGGAAUUGAAUCAGUA